AUGAAUGUGGAGUCGAUCGUGCUCUACAAUGAUGAGGAGCAUCGCGAACAAACCUGGGAUACCAUAGGGGUUUUGCCAUAUCUGUUCUUUUGGAGCAGCAUGUCGUCUGUGGUGAAGCCUGGUCUUGUGCUGCUGCUUUGUUGGUACGUUGUCCGGGAUCUUUGCUUGGUUUUCUUGGUUGCUCCUACAGCCGCUGAUGCCGUGAAAACACUGCAGAGUAUGAAGGAUAACUUUUGCCGAGCAAGCAUGGAUUUUUUCAUGGCACCAUACUUGAGGUAUGUAACAGUCCUGAUCCUCUUGGACAGGGCCCAGAGAGAAGCAGGCAUUGGUUCUGCCAUCAAUAAAGAAGACAUCGAGAACCAAAGCACACUGGAUAUGGUUGCAGCAUCAAUUCGACCGAGGCAGCAGUGGAAGUUGCUGCGCACUAUUGCUUUCCUAUUUGCCGAUGUCUACUUCUUCAUAUUGCCGGUUGCAACAUUCAUGUUAUUGCCGGCUUACUGCCAAACACUGGCCGGAUUCGACUUUUCCUGUGUCAUGUUUUAUAUGCUGCCGGGUGCAGUGAUGGCCGGUCUCCUCUUUCGGGGAACAUCUAGAGAGAUUGACGGUGCACCUAAGGGUCGGGUAUGGGUGGUGAAUGUACCCUAUGCGGAGGAAUGGUGGAAUAAAGGAGAACUGCGGUUUGAUCUGGAUGGAGCUCCAGUCUUGGACUCGUGUGCAGAAAUGGCAAAGGAUAUUACAUCCUUAUUGUUGUUUGCCAAUGUCAUCGUCAUUGAAUUGUACGCGAGAUUCGUUGCGACUGAUAGGAAUUCGAAAAAUGAAAGCCGCAACAAAAUGAAUGAAGAACGCUGGAAAGAACAGCCAUCGCUGAUUCGAAAAGGCGGUGGAUAG